AUGUCUGAAAGUUCUCUAUCUUAAAAUGAUUUUUUUGAAUUGAAGCAUGUUAGAACAUUAAAAGAGAAGCCCUCGAAAUAAUAAUAAAAGAAGAAGCGAACAUAAUUUUAUGUAAACAAAGUAAUGUUAGAAAAAGAAUAUAUUAAAACAGAUUUGAGUUGUGAUUGUACAGAAUGUGGAAAAUGUAGUUUAUUUAUUGGGACUAUAAAAAAACAAUAUCCAUUCAAUGAAACAAGGUAAAAAGUUAAUAAAUUUAAAGAUGGUAGAAAAGAAAAAGAGUUUUAAAAAGAUUUAAAGCAGCAAUUAAUGCUAUAAUUUUUAUUUUAUCAUAUAAAGUGGAAGCGAUUAAAAAAUUCAGAAAAAGAAUGCAUAUUUUGAAAGCAGUCCGAAAUUUAACAACAGUAAGAAAAUAAUAAAUUACUGCUUCUACUCAUUUUUAGUAAUAACCAAUGAUUAGUAUUCCUCAGUCAAGAUAAUCACAGAGGUAUUAUUUUUAAUAAAAAGAAAGAAUAAAAACAACUCCUGAUGAUGAAACAUUUUUUCAUCAUUUAAUAAAUAGUGCUAGAGAACCUAGAAAAAGUUAAGUUUCAAUUUAUAUGAAUAAAAUGUUAAAAGACGUUAUUCCAAAGAGUGAAGUUCAUUUAAAACCUUUAAGUCAUUUUAAUUAGAAGUAGUUAAAAUAAAAUAAUGUAAAAUCAAUAACAUAAGCAUCUUUUUCUCAUAAUAAUUAUUCAAAUGUAUAAUUGAAUGCGUAGAAAUACCCAAGUUUACAUUAAGAGUAAAUUGCAAAUAAUCAAUAUAAAAUAUUUAAUAAAGAUCUUUUAAAAUUGAUAGAUUCUUUAAAAGUUAGACAUAGAAUAAUUAGAUGUAAGAAAUGAUUAUAUAAUUUAUAAAUUUAUUGAAUAUAUAUUAAGUUAGCUUUUGUUUAUAAAUUAAUUAAUAUAUGGACCUUCUGAAAGAUCCUGUCAAUGAUCGAUAAGUGAAAACUUUAAAGCCUCCACCUCAUCGUCCAUUGUCAAGGAAUCUAAUGUUUCCAGAUAAAUUGAAAAGUAUUCAAGAAAUAAAGUAUAGACAAACCUGAUUGGAAAUUGUUAAGAGAUCAUUUAUAAAAAGAGGGAAGAAUAGCUAAAGAGGAUCUAUUUAAAUUAGUAGCUGAUUGUAAUAAAUUAUUGAGUAAAUAAUAAUUAAAUGACUAGAAAAUGAAGGAAAUGUGCUAUAUUUAUAAGAUCCAUUAACAGUGGUAGGUGAUAUUCAUGGGUAAUAUAAUUAUAAUUAUGAUUAGUCAAUAUUAUGAUUUAUUGAAGUUAUUGGAACCUAAAGUAGGUGGUAAUCCUGAAAAUACAAAGUAUAUUUUGAAAAUAUUAAUAAUAAUAGAUAUCUCUUUUUAGGAGAUUUUGUUGAUAGAGGUUCAUAUUCAAUAGAAGUAAUAAUAUUAAUGUAUGCAAUAAAAUUGAAUUUCUAAAAUUCAGUAUAUUUUUUAAGAGGAAAUCAUGAAUGUAGAUAAUUAACAGCAUUCUUUAAUUUUAAAGAAGAAUGCUUAUAUAAAUAUGAUUAAGAAACUUAUGAAAUGUUAAUGGAUUCAUUUGAUUUAUUUCCUUUAGCAUGCAUAAUAAAUUCUAAAUUUAUAGCAAUUCAUGGUGGAAUCUCACCUGAUUUAAAAUCGAUAGAAGAUAUAAAAAAGAUAGAAAGAUAUCAUGAACCUCCAAGAUAAGGAUUAUUUUGUGAUUUAUUAUGGAGUGAUCCUGUAGAUUAAGAAUAAGGUCAUUUAGAUUCUGCAUGGAAAUCUAAUGAAGUAAGAGGAUGUAGUUGGUUUUUUGGAGGAGAAUCUGCAAAUAAGUUUUUACAAAGAAAUAAUUUAAUAUCAAUUAUUAGAGCCCAUGAAGUAAUAAUAUAUAAAUAUAUAUUAAGGCUUAAUUAGAUGGAUAUAAAAUGCAUAGAUGGAAUGGUGGUUAAGAUUUCCCAGUUGUAAUUACUAUUUUUAGUGCUCCAAAUUAUUGUGAUGUUUAUAAUAACAGAGGAGCUGUUAUUAAAUUUGAAAAUAACACUCUUAACAUUCAAUAAUAUUAAUAUACUCCUCAUCCAUAUUUAUUACCGAAUUUUAUGGAUAUUUUUACAUGGUCUAUUCCAUUUGUAGCAGAAAAAAGUAAUAUUAUUUACUUAUUUUAAGUAACUGAAAUGUUAUAUCAUAUAUUAUAAACUGACAUUUAAGAUGAUGAUGAAUAAAUUAGUGAAUCAGAUAUUUAAUAAUUUAAAUAAUUGACUAAGUAGGCAGGCUUAUAAAAAUAAUCUACUACUGGUAGUUCAUAAGGUGCAUAAAAAAGUAUAUUAGAUAAGAUAAUUUAUUUUAGAUACUGAAAAAUUAAAGAAUAAAAUUAAGUUUGUAUCUACAAUGAUGAAAAUGUAAAGGACUCUAAGAGAAGAGAGAGAAAGUAUAAUUUAAUUAAAAGGUGCUUGUCCUGAUAAAAGAUUGCCAAGAGGUAUACUUAUGAAAGGAAAAGAUGCUAUUAAUGAUUGUAAAAAUAAAAACUAAGUUUUAGAGCUUGCUGAUUUUACUACAGCUAAAAGUGUAGAUUUAAUUAAUGAAAAAAUGCCAUAUGCUUAGAUUCCAUAAGAAUCCAUUUAAAUAAAAAAACCAUCAACUUAGAGGAAAAAAUGAUUUCUAUAUUUUUAUGUAUAUUUAUUCA